GGAAAAGCGAAGCAGCACUUGCAUUAACAAAGAAGCUUCCUUGUGAUGAGUUGGGUAAAGUCGACUCCUAUCUUUUCAACUUGGCCCUCUUUCUUUGUCCUGUUCCACUCUUACGAAGCAAACAUUGCCCCUUUUUGGUAUUGAAUGAAAAAAAAGACCUCAUGAGCAAUCAAUCAAUCGUUGACGAAUACGAAUACUUUCUUAAUUGUAUUUCUAUACCCCAUCUUUUUAAUCUGGACUGCUUCAAAAAGACUUCAAAACAACUACCGACCACCGAGAUCUCUACGUCACAGAUCUCGCAUUCUCACAUCCUUCGGCUGCCGAUCGGUCGACACAUUCAUUUCAAGCUUGCGCGACAACGACUCCCUAUGCGCCUUUGUUUUUAACAGCUGAAAUACUCGAAUUGAAUACUCGUGGUUCCUCGACUUUGGGGGAUCGACCGAUUAACUAGUCGCUGGGAAGAGGGGGAAACGACAACUACACAAUACACCACAAUGGCGCCAUCUUACGGACUUCCAUCGAAUACGAGAGACUCGCUGGAGCUCGCUUCCUUGGCUAGCUCGAGUCAGCUCAACGAAGAAGGGGCUACAGAGAUCUCGUCGAGGCCCAGCAUAUCGUCGUCGCGAAGACUGUCGCUCGAACAAGAUGAUCCCUUGGACAGUGCCAAUCCUGCAAACAGGAUGAAUCGAUCGUAUUCAGUAUCCUCAGCUUUUGACUUCUCCGCCAAUAUGUUCCCUUUAAGCUCGACGGCUGGCGCCGAAGGUUAUGCUCCCAUUGGAGCACCAACAUCAAGAUCGAGACCGAGCGGCGGCUUGGGAGGAGGAUCAUUGGAGAAAAACAAGACUUUAACAUACUUGAACGGACUGUCGCUGAUAGUGGGACUUAUUAUUGGCUCAGGUAUCUUCUCGUCACCAGGAUCUGUGAGCACAAGAGUUGGGUCGCCAGGUGCAGCGAUACUCGUCUGGAUCAUCGCGGGUAUACUCGCUUGGACAGGCGCUGCGUCUUACGCUGAGCUUGGAGGAGCGAUUCCUCUAAAUGGCGGCGCUCAAGUCUACUUGGCGAAGACAUUUGGAGAGGUGAUAGGCUUCCUCUUUACAUGGGUUGCUAUGUUGGUCCUUAAGCCCGGUAGUGCCGCUAUUAUCGCCAUCAUCAUGGGCGAAUACUUUGUUCGAGCCUUCAUCGGUCCUGACGCUGAGCAUGUAAGCCCUUGGAUCAACAAGGCUGUUGCGCUUGUAGGACUGUUCAUUGUAACGUUCUUGAACUGUGUGUCUACAAAGCUCGGCACACGUGUGAAUGAUACGCUCAUGUUUAUGAAAUUUAUCGCUCUGUUGGGCGUCACCGUUACUGGUGUUGUCGUUGCCAUCACAGGGAAGACGCUCAAGGGCAAGUCAGAGGUUGAGUGGAAGCCGCAUCAGCUGUUUGAAAACACAUCGACCGACAUGUCUGCUUGGGCUCUUGCCCUUUAUGCAGGUCUUUGGGCAUAUGAUGGCUGGGACAAUACAAACUACGUCGUUGGAGAGUUCAAAAACCCAACUAAAGACUUACCCCGUGUCAUUCAUACAGCCAUGCCUCUGGUCAUUCUCUGCUAUGUGUUAGCUAACAUCGCCUACUUCCUUGUCCUACCUCUCGAGAGCAUGGAUGGGUCCAACACAGUAGCUGUCAUGUUUGGCAACCGAGUGUUUGGUUCCGUAGGCUCACUAAUUCUCGCACUCAUCGUCAGUGCCAGUUGUUUUGGUGCCCUCAACUCUUCAACUUUCACCUCCAGCCGUUUGGCAUAUGUGGCUGGCAAAGAGGGCUACAUUCCUUCGAUCUUUGGCACUAUUGGUGUUGGGGGCAGCCCACACGAGCACGAGCUCAGCACGCAGCGUACCCGAAGUUGGUUCACGCGUAGGAUGCGCAGAAUGUUUGGCGAUGAAGAUGCUGGACUGUUUUAUACGCCAGUCUAUGCACUCAUUCUCAAUGCUGUUCUUACAGUUGGGUACGUGGUUGUUGGCGAGUUCAGCACUCUCGUCACCUUCUAUGGCGUUGCAGGCUACACAUUUUAUUUCCUUACAGUCCUGGGUCUAAUCAUCCUACGCGUGCGAGAGCCGGGGCUCGUACGACCUUACAAGACCUGGAUCACCACACCUAUUAUUUUUUGCUGCGUUAGUCUCUUCCUCCUCAGCCGCGCUGUCUUUGCACAGCCUUUCCAGACUAUCGCCGUCGUAUUCUUCGUGGUAGCUGGUGUGCCUGUGUAUUUCUGGCGCAUCAGAGGACGGGACGAGCAGGUCUUGAGACGGAGAGGACAACCCAGCGAGGAAAAGAAGUGGUGGCAGUUCUGGAAAUGAUUUAAAAGUAUAGCAUUGAUUGGGAGAAAUGGCAACGACUUCAUGUCAUGAAUGGUGAAAUUAUGGUCAGCGAUAUAGCGCCUGAUGAUGGCUCAUAAUGAAGCAUACCAAUAGCGAGAAAUUUUGUAUUAUUAGCAAAGCAAAAAGACAAAGAACAGCGGAACAUUUCUGCUUGGC